CAGUCAUGCCAGGCCCAUUGCAUGAUGGGAGCUGGUGGGUGUUGGUCCCCCUUGGAGCAGUCGGGCCCUACCUGGUGCGUGUUGUGCUGGUCCUGUGUGAUUCUACCUUGAUCGCUGUCUUCCUUGCAUUGUUAGUCAACAACCUUGGAGCAGACUUUUAAGCUGCAUUCUUCCAUUUCAAGAAAUGGCAAACAUCUCCUAUCUGACCUUGCUCAUUGGCCUUGUGACCCUUGACCUGUGCUAUUCGACCACGCCUACCGAUGCCUUCUGGGGGUUGACUGAUCUGAGGGAGCAUCUUGAUAGGCAGGUGGAGAGUUUCCGUGCCAACGUUCAUCGCUCAUUCCAACAGCAGCAUCAACGGAUUCGAAGAUCAAUAGACAUUGAUUUGGCAGGGACUUUGGAGGGCCAGUCUCCUUUACUGGUAGACAACAUCACGGUGGUGGAACAUUUCUUUGUCGGCCCGCAAGUCUAUGUCAUCGUCGGGAGGAAACAAGAGGGUGAUGGAUCCUACCACAGCACGGCUAAGAUACAUCGCUUCAACGUGUCCAAUUAUGCUAUAACUGGCGAAUUCCCAACCUACGGAGUAUCGGACAUUGAAACCUUUACCAUCAGCGGUCACGUCUACAUCGCAGUAGCCAAUCAGCUAAGAGAUCCAGGAACAUACGAUGGCUUGUCCAACAUCUACCGCUUUGAUGCCGUGACCGAAAACGUCGUCCCCGUACAGCAGAUUCUGACGCACGGCGCAUCCAACUUCCAGUUUUUCGAUUACGAGGGAGACACUUACUUGCUGCUGGCCAACAUGCGGGAGGAUGCAUACGCCAAAUACCAGACAGAAUUAGAAUUGUACGUUUUCAGCGGUGCCCAUUUUGACCACAUCACUAGCGUUCAGACCUACGGCGCCACUGCCGUCGUGUACAUGGAGAUGGAAUGGGAACCCUACAUCAUUGUGGCCCAGUAUGUUGACAACGACGGACGAUAUGACAUCGGGAGUAUUGUUUACAAGUUUGACACCAAUACAGACAAACUCAUCAAGGUUCAGACGUUGGCCACCAGCGCACCCGUGGGCAUAGAGACUUUCUAUAUGAAUGGAGACUACUACCUAGCCGUGGCCAACUACCAGCAAGUCUCGCCAGAUGGGGUGAUAGACAACCGGACAGACUCCGUCAUUUACUGGUGGACAGGUGUGCAGUUUAUUGAGUACCAGCGGAUCCCGACACAGAGCGCCACACAGUGGGAGGAUGUGGAACUUCCCAACGGGGAGAUUCUUCUAAUUCUGUCAAGCUUCCAGGAUGUGACCAUUUACGAAUUCAGCGUGAACGCAGAGUGGGUCCCGAGUGAUGAACAAUUUACGGACAUCCCUAGCGUUAGAGGAGUUGCGUUCGUCCAGAGUAUCGAAGCUCCGGAUGGCUUGUUUGUUGUCGUUACCGACAGCCAAUUACAAUCCAGCGAUUACUGGAACGGAACCACGAAUGUUUUUAAGGUCGUCCCAAGUCAGGAAUUGCCAUAUGUUGCCCCAGUAUCUGCUACAACAAAGUGUCUCCGCUCCCUCAAAGACCGGCUUGAUUCAGCCACGUCCUCCAUCAACGAUCUCAACGACAAACUUGAGGGCACUCUUAAGCUGACAGGGGAUCAAGACGUUGUCUCCAAGCUGGUCUUCAGAGGCGUCGUUGUGGCUGAACAGACUCAGAAGGUCAAGAAUCUGACAAUCAACCAGGACUAUUCCUUCAACAUUGAGCAGCCAGUCAUUGACAACAGUGUUUCCAUCGACAACACACUAGAGAGACUUCUACCACGAAAGGAUGACGUCGUUACCAUCAGUGGAGUGGAAAACAUAACCUCCCCGCUGGUCUUUACACAAACACUCCUCUCUGAAAACACGACAGUCGUCACCACGACCACCAGCAAUGAUCAAAUAAAUGGCAUUGACAUUCCCAACUUGAACGACACGUUGGUCAAGCUGACCGGAGACCAGACGAUUGAUGGCAAGGUGACGUUUGGCAAGAACGUGUCACUGUCUAACGCCCACCUGCAUGUGAACGGAGAGAUAGACGGAAUAGAUGUCCCAGAUGAUGUUAUGACCAUCAGCAGCACGCAAACUGCCAACGGCUUCCUCACGUUCACCAAUGCCACCACCUUCACCAGCAACGUGAGGGUGGACGGGGAGGUCAACGGGCUGAAUCUGACCACGGAUGUUGUCACCACGCACCUGGACCACGUGGUGGCCGGAACGAAGACUGUCCGCCGCGACCUGGAACUUGUCCAGGAUGCGAUUGUGGCGGAUGGAAAGACAGUGGAUUCAGUUGACCUGUCCACAUUUGCGUCUGGUGCAGUGUCUCGGACCAAAGGAGGCAUCGUGUCAGGGGUCAUAACCUUUCAGGGUGGGGUCAACAUUGAGGGUGAGUUGAGGACUGAUCUCGUGGAUGGGGUCAACGUUACGGAAUUGGACAACAGUGCGGUUCUGAAGCACACAACGCAGACCAUUUAUGGUAACAAAUCCAUCAAUGGCAACCUCAUCGCAACAAACGACAUCGGUGCUAACAGCAAAAUCAACGGCGCCCUGCCUUCCGAGUUCGUCUUGCUUCGCACCCCCGGCGGGACCAUCCGCACCCCGGUCCGGUUUGCGCAAAAUGUAUCCGUGGAGGGAGACAUCACGAUCAACGGUCGACUCAAUGAUCUGAAGAUACCGGACGAUGUUGUCACGAUAAACGACACACAAGAUAUCUAUGGUUCGGUCACUUUCACCCAGGACAUCUCAGUGACCGGCGACAUUGAGAUCAAUGAUACGGUCACUCUGGCCGGAGUGGACAUCAGCGAGCUGCCAGUCACAACGGUCAGCAUCUCUAACACUUCAUUGCAGACUGUGUCGGGGGUCAAGACUUUUACUCAGAAUGUAGAUGCAUUGGGCAACAUUACCGUGGACCAGUUGAUCAACGGCGUAAACCUGACCAAACUGCAGCGGCAGAUCCUUUCACUGACUCGACCCCAGGUCAUUGACCUUCCGGUGGAGGUCAGAGGUCGGCUGGUCAUCAGAGGAAACCUGCAGCUUGUCAAUGACACUAUCGACGGGUACCAGCUAUCGCGGGACCUUGUGAGAUUGGAUGACGACUCUAGUAUUACAGGCUACAAGACCUUCAAGGAUUUUGUUAAUAUUAGUGGUGAUCUGUUGCUGGGUCCAGGCAUCAACAUCAGCGGUGUGGACUUGCCUGAACUCAACCGAACGGUUAUCAAGCUUGUUGCAGUGCAAACCAUUGACGGUGACGUGCUGAUCAAGGACGACGUGGUCAUGAAAGGGGACCUGAACAUCAGCGGGACGGUUAAUGGUCUGGACAUCUCGGAGGACGUUGUCACCCUCGAUGGUACCCAGACUAUCACAGGUGAUAUAGAAUUUGACUCCGUCAUGGUCACUGCGGAUGUCACGACCUCUACUCUCAGUGUGUCCGGGGAGGUCAACGGGGUCGAUUUGGAUGACCUGUACUCAGACGCAGUCAUGACCGAUGGACCGGGAGUGUCGGUCACCUCCCCUGUGACCUUUGACCAGUUGCAAGUGGACAAUGGGCUGCAGGUGGGUGGCACAGUGGAUGGGGUCAAUGUCACGGAUUUUGCAGAAAAUGUGGUCACUCUGUCAGGAGAUCAAACAAUCAGCGGUACAUUGGAGUUCACAUCUGACUUGGCCUUCUCUGAGAACCUGACUGUUCAGAAUGUCAGCGGAAUCCAUUUCGACUCCUUCGUUGAAUCUGUGGUUCUCAAAGAUACAAACGGUGCCAUAACUGGAGAGAAGACAUUUUCAAGAAAUGUCACAGUCAUCGGGGAUAUCACAGUAGACGAUCUCAUCAACGGCGUUAAUCUGGAAAGCCUCAACCAGACCUACUUGUCUCGGACACUUGCCCAGUCACUGUCUGGGCUGAGGACAUUCACAAAAAACAUCACUGUCGAUAAUGUUAUCUUGUCCCCUGAUGCCUAUGUAGACGGCAUCAGACCCUCCGAGGACCUGGUCCUGAUCAACCUCGGUGGAGAUGAGGUCCACGGAACGCUGUGGUUCAUCUCCUUAGAGAUUGACGGAAACAUGGACAUCGGCAAAACCUUAAACGAUAUCGACCUGAUAGAGUUUAACAAAUCAGUGGUAUGGCUUGAAGGUCCUGGCCAGAACAUUACGGGUUUGUGGACUCUAGGGGGCGGUGUGCAUGUCAUCGGCGACAUUGCAAUGUUGGAGGACAUGGAGGUCAAUGGAGUGGACAUUUCAGAUUUGGCAGAUGUUCUGGUCAAUAACAACCAAACCGAUACCAUCACCCUCCCAGCCGUCUUCAAGGGGCCAGUAACCAUCGACGGUGACGUGGAAGGGGACGGAUUGAUCAACGGAGUCAAUCUGACGUUCAUCUAUUCUGACGCCGUUCUGUCGGGUCCUGAUCAGACCAUCUCAGGUGACAAAGAUUUCACCAACAACCUGACCGCCCAGCGGCUGGUAGUGGAGACUAACAUGGUGUCAGAGGUCAUAGCAGGAACGGUCAACCUGACAUACCUCCUCAACAACACUGUGUUGAAGUCUACCGACCAGGAGAUUGUGGGAACUGUGAACUUCGCCGAGGAUGUCGUAUUCCAAGAUCACUUGAUUGCCGAUGGUUUGGUUGACGGCAUUGACCUAUCAGUCCAAGCCGUGCUGAAACACACCGACCAACAACUGACAGGAGACAACACGUUCACUAACGGCUUCCGCGUGCAGGGUAACCUGACCACGACGGGCCUCAUGGACACGGUGGACGUAGCUCAGCUGGCCAGCGUAGUGUUUCUGCUGGACACAUACCAGGUUGUUCAGGGAAAGUGGGAAUUCGAGACAAAUCUGACCGUAUAUGGUAACAUCACUGGGCCAGGGACAGUCAACGGCAUCGACAUCGAUCCAGAACUGGUAACCCGGACAGGGAACCAUGCCAUCAAGGGCUCCAAGACGUUUGCCAAUGACGUCAUCGUGCAGGGCAGUUUGCUGGUCGGCCUCGUCAAUGGCGUGAAUCUGACCGAAUUUGAGAAAGAAAUCGUUCACCUGGUUGGCGAAUUCAACAUCACGGGAGAUAAGACAUUUGCCAACGAGCUAACACUCCUGGCCAACACAUCCGUGCUGGGUCUGGUAGAUGGCAUCGACGUUGGCCAGUUGCUUCCUCACCAUCAUGACAUAACCCAGAUGUUAUAUUGGCAGAUAGCCGAACUCAACUACACUCUCAGAAGCAUGUGUGCUCCGAUAAAGAGCCUUCAAAUUGCCGUAAAAGGCCAGGCAACGCAGCUCAGCCACUGGGAGGAGGAGUACCAGCUCAACAACUCUGUGGCCACUCACUACUAUGCCAGCCUGCACAUAGAGGACGCCCUACUCAUCGCCUUUGCGGAGUCCAAUGAGGCGGAGACGGACGACUGCGUUGGGACCACGCUGUACCUGUGCGUGGAUGACAACCGGAAGGAGUGCUACGAAUUUUACGACGAUCCGCUGGAUGCGGCUUCAAGCGUUGAGCUGUUUUCCUUUGAGGACGACGUCUUCAUUGCACUGACGUUGAGUCCACAGAGCUCAGCUUGCACGACCAUCACGGGAACCGAUGACCAGGUCCAGAUCUUGAAGAUGAGUAACGAUUCUUACGAGGAGUACGUGUCGGCUCAACACGGUGUGGACACCGCCAUGUUUGCGAUUAGCAACACUCUCUUCCUAGCAGUGGCUAACCAGUAUAAUCCAACUACAGGAGACAAAAACGUAACUUCGGCCGUCUUCGAGUACAACUCAACUUACGAGAACUUCACCCAGCUCCAGGAGAUCGCAACGACUGGUUCAACAGCGGUCACGCACCUGGAGCACAGCAGCAACAACUGGCUGGCGUUCACAUGCAACCCAGGCAACACCUACUCCCUCAUCAUGCUGUGGAAUGACACCGCCCAUCAGUUUGUCCUGGAGGCUUCCAUCCUGACCUACUAUGCCUCAGACGUCCUGGGCAUGGUCAUUGAUAACAUCCCCCUGAUGCUCUUUGCCAAUGAGAAGCAGUCCAGUCGACACGGUACCUACGAUCUGAACCAGCCCAUCUCCGUCUACGAGUACUCGGUGCAGCUGGGCUGGACGCUGAGGCAGGACAUCUCGGCGGUGGGAAUUACGCAGAUGGACGCCUUCUUGAUUGACAAAAUCUGCUAUCUGACCGCUGUCAGCAGUGUAGGUUCCAUCGACGUCUACAAAUGGUCCGGAGCAAGCAAGUUUGAGUUCUACAAGUCCCUACCCUCUGAUGGUGUGGUGUUUGUCCACCCUUUCGUCCAGUGGGGUGAUCUGUACAUGGCCGUGGCCAGGCCGGUGUACAGAACAGUCUCUUCCCAGGAAUGGUGGGCUUUUCUAAAGGCAAUAAUCAGAGGGAAAAAUGAACUCACAUUGUUGGAGGUAAAUGAAAGACAUUGACGACAUUAACCUUGGAGAUUAUCUUUGUUUCUUCAAGUGAAGUCCUGACGUGAGUUUUUUUCAAAUGAGGUCAUUUCUAAUGAAUAAGUAGAUCUAGAAAUGUUGGCAUGUAUUUUAUGUUUCAUUUUAAUUUUGCUUUCGUUCGCAGUAUCGACACCAUGUUCUUGAAAGUAUAAUUCAUUAUUAAGCUAUAUCUGUUUAAAUAUUACACAAAGUUAUUAAAUUAAUUUGAAAUACUACACUUCUUUUUUAUGAGUUUGAAAAGGAAUAUAUUAAGCUUUAUUUUCUUUAUGUUGAAAACAUAUUUGUGUUAUUGAAUAUUGAAAUGUUAACAUAUAUAUUAUUGAAAUGUGAACAUGUUUAAAACAUCUGAACAAAUUUAUGUACAAUUCAGACUGUUAACAAAUUUAUUAACAACCUGUGUUUAUCAUCGGCAAUUGUUGUUUUCAAAUAAUUCAUAAAAUUCUAUAAUAAUUAUCUCAAAUAUUAAACAAAAUUCUAUAAUGAUUCUGUAACUAAGAUUUUUUGCAGCUGUAAUUAAUACCUAUCAAAAUGCCACAAAAAUUAAGAAUAUAUUUUUGGAUAAAAUGUUUUAUAAUUGAAAGAACAAAAUAUUUAUGACAACUGUCAAAAACAACUUCGGAAUUCUGGCAGGGCGGCAUAGCAUAUUUUCUCUCCAACUGUAAAGACAGUACUCAAUUAAAAUGGCUGAUUAAAUUAUUCAACUUCAUAUUCAUGAAUUUAUACUAAUUAAAGUGUGUUCCUAAAAGGUUUCAGAAUGA